GUAAUAUUACAAGCUCCUGAAAUUUUUUUGGUUUUGUGAAUAAGGGUUAGGGAGGGGUAGUGGUGGUGUCUGUCAAGAAGAAAGAGAAAGAGAAAGAGAGAAAAAAAAAAGAUUUUUUAUUUUUAUUUUUAUAAAUUGUUUUUUUUUUUAUUUUUAAAAUGUUUUAAAAUUAAUAUUACGCUGACCACUAAAAAUUUGCCACGUGUACAAGUGUGUACACGUGGACAGUCCACCGUGACACUUAACUGUGAUUUUUGGACGGAUGGGUACAAACCAAAAUGGAAUGGGAGUUCAGUAGGUUUUGCUACCAAAAUUUUAAUUUUUGUGGUUAAGUGUUACAAAACAUAAAGUUUAGGUAGUUUAGCCGCCAAUAUUUCUUAACAUUAUUAUUGUUCCAUUGUUCUUCUUCAUCUUUUUUUUUGCUUCUUCCAUUUUUGUUCUAGUUUCUUCUUCUUCUUUCUUUUUUUUUUCUCUUGCUUUUGUUAGUAACUACUUCCCUAGUUCCUGCUAAAAGAAAACUAGGUGCUAGUACUUCGAAGAACACUAAAUCAAAAUACCCUCGACCUGUGUUGGAGAACUCCGACUCUGAUUUUGAGUUGGAGCCAGAGUUCGAAAGUCUCCCAAAUUUAAUAAGGGAAAGGGUAAAUCCCCAGUGAAGAUUGUUCAAUCAACUGAUUUGUUUGAUGACAUAAUUGAGAAAAUAAUUGUUGAGUCCAGCCCAGCCCACGGCCCAUUUAUGAUUUGUUCCUGUUAAGAUAUAGAUUGUUCCUUUCAUAAAAAUGAAAGAAAAAAAGAUAGAAGAGAUAGACAGAAAAUGAUUUGUACAGUAACACCUUCACCUUCUCCAUUGUCGUCCUCUUCCUCUCUCACUCUCAUCCACCGCUCCAUUCGAUGUACUACAGAACGUCGUCGAGAUCUGUUCAAUCGCAUCGCCCCUGUUUACGAUAACUUAAAUGAUUUGUUGAGUUUGGGUCAACACCGAAUUUGGAAAAGAAUGGCUGUUUCCUGGAGUGGAGCAAAACUGGGAGAUUGUGUUUUAGAUUUGUGUUGUGGGAGUGGAGACUUGGCUUUCUUAUUGUCUGAGAAAGUUGGGUUCAGUGGCAAGGUGACUGGUCUUGAUUUUUCAAAGGAACAAUUAUCAGUUGCUGCAUCAAGGCAGCAGUUGGCCUCUAAACCCUGCUACAAGAAUAUUGAGUGGGUGGAAGGUGAUGCCCUUGAUUUGCCAUUUCCUGAUGGUUACUUUGAUGCUAUUACUAUGGGUUAUGGUCUUCGAAAUGUAGUCGAUAAGCGGAAAGCUUUGCAGGAGAUGUAUAGAGUGCUAAAAGCAGGCUCUAGAAUAUCUGUUCUUGACUUUAAUAAGAGCACCCUACCAGUUACUACCUUCAUUCAGGAAUGGAUGAUCGAUAAUGUUGUCGUCCCAGUUGCAACUAGUAAUGGGCUUGAAGAGGAGUAUAGAUAUUUGAAAAGUUCAAUCAGAGAAUUCUUAACAGGUAAGGAAUUGGAGAAGCUGGCAUUGGAAGUAGGUUUUUCCGAAGGGAGACAUUACGAGAUUGGCGGAGGCCUUAUGGGAGACUUAGUAGCAAAACGUUGAGUUCAUGCUUUUCAUAGAAGUAUGUCAUUUCUCAAAAUGUGAGACAAGAUUAUAAAAAAAUGAUAAUAAAUAAAUUUGUAACAAUUCUACUCACAUUUUAUUUGUUAUAUGCAUCUUAUUCUUUUGUGUACUGGUUGAAAAAUUGAAACUUCUUAUUGUUUGUGAACUCACUAGACAAUACAACCGUAAUGGAGUAACCCAAAAUCUUUACAAA